AUGCAAAUCUCUCCGCUGGCGCCGCUACAUCACUCCCAGCCCUUCAAAUCCUCUCUCUUUUGCAUACCCAGUCCAAAUGGACGGCUUGUGGCAGUGCUGACCUCAUCCGCGAUUCUUGUUCGGUCAACCACGACCUUGCAGACCGUUUAUGCUGUGAAACUCUCCCCAGAGCUCACCGAGCCCAUCACCACAUGCUCAUGGUCUGCUUGCUCCAGCAACAUUCUGGUCUCUGCCGGUGAUCAGAUUCGAGUCUUUUCGGCGUGUGACUCCUCACUUUAUGCCACUAUCCAGUGUCCUGCUGCUCCCACUGGCGGCAGGCUGUCCCUGGUCGAAUUCGGAGCCAGUGAUACAGAAGUCCUGGCAUGUGCUCCGUCUGGCCUGAGGUUAAGCAUCUUUGACCUUGCCAGCUCCAGGGCGGUUGAAGUCGGCAAUCCCAAGUUUUGCCAACCGUCGUCGGCGUCGCGAUGCUUUUCAAUCCGACCCAGGACGGGCCAUCUCCUGGUGCUCACGAGGAUGGGCGGGAAGGACAUGGUCAGCAUCCACCAUCCUUCUACUCGACAAAUAAUCCGGUCAUGGUACCCGGGAUCUACUGAUGCGCAAGAGAUCAAAUGGACCCCUGACGGCCAAUGGAUUCUUUUGUGGGAGUCUCCCGUGCAAGGGAGACGGCUCUUCAUCUACGCCUCAGACGGGCAACAUUUUCGGACUCUAGAAGCCUCCAGUUUGGCAUCGAAUCCAACAGACAGCACCAAGCUCGACAUGGAACCGGGCAUUAAAAGCUGUCAGCUUAGCUGUGACUCGGAACUAUGCGCCGUCGGGGAUCACAGCCGCGGCGUUACUGUCCUACGAACAGGGAUCUGGCGAGCCUUGAUGAGUUUAUGGCAUCCUCUUGCGGUCAGUCCGUGUGAGACGCUUCAGGUCUGGCAGGAGCAGGUAAGCAGCAGAGUGAACGGAGGCGACGUUCAUGCUUUUCUACGAGCAGCUCAGGCUGUCUCACCACCUUCCAUGGCCGAAAACAUGCUGCUUUCUGUGGAUGCGCGAACAGGCUGCUCCCUGUGCGCUUUCGAUGCCUCGUCUACGCUCUUGGCAACUAGACUGGAUGAGUCUCCGGGUACUAUCUGGAUCUGGGACCUGGCUGCUGGAGAGCUGCGGGCAGUUAUCAUAUUUCAUUCAGUGAUCAGUUUCUACUGGCAUCCAACGUCCCGAGAAACUCUCUUGAUUUCCUGCCGAGAAGAAGGCAAGCAUGUUGCAUCUUACGUUUGGGACCCGUUGUCGCCCGGACCUGUGUGGUUGGAUGUAGAGAAAUAUCUGCCUGGCUGUGAUGCACACGGGCCAAGGCUGCAGUUCUCGUGGCUUAAUCAUGAAACCGACUCUCCGCAACUGUUGGUAUCCGAUGCACAGCAGUACGUCCUGCUCUCACUUGCAGAUUGGGAACAGGAGGCGAACCCGUGGCAAGCUGCAGAAAGAGGAUCCGAGUCUGAUGGUUCCGCUUCGGGACGGGACGGGCUCGAGCCUAUCGACUUGGCGGAGGAUAUUUCAACCCUAGAAGAUACCUUUUCAUUCCGGCACACUAAAACCUGA